CGUGAUGAAUUUGUCGUUCCUUAUUUAAUUUUUUUUUUCCAUAUUCAAGUUAUGUUUUUUCCUGUCGUUCUUUUAAUUUAAAAAUCAGCUCCUGGGGUGCCUGGCUGCUCAAUCGGUGGAGCGUCCCACUUGAUAUCGGGGUCGUGAGUUAAGGCCCCACAUUGGGCGUAAAGCUUACUUAAAAAAAAAUAAUAAUAUUAUAAAUAAAAAUCAGCGCCAUUGUGCCCACUGAGCCCUGGCCUAGCCGAGUUUCCAGUUCGGUGGAGCUGACUCCUUACUGAGACCUUUUCUUUCAUCUAUGGACUCAGGCUGUUGGGAGCCCAAGGAAAGGUGUUGCAGACUCUGUCUGGGAGAUGCCUGUGGAAAGGUUUCCUAGGAGAAUUCAGCAAUGUCACCUUCUUCAUCUUUGGGCCUCUCAUGAUGUUUCUGAUGUACCCCUAUGCCCAGAAACGCUCCCGCUGCAUUUAUAUCACUUGGAUCCUCUUUAUGGUCAUAGGCCUAUUCUCCAUGUAUUUCCACAUGACGCUUAGCCUUCUGGGCCAGCUGCUGGAUGAGAUUGCUAUCCUGUGGCUGCUGGCCAGUAGUUACAGCAUAUGGAUGCCUCGCUGUUACUUCCCCACUUUCCUAGGAGAGAACAGGCCCCGGUUCACCUGUCUGGUCCUCAUCACCACGGUGGUCAGCACCUUCCUGUCCUUCCUGAGACCUGUGAUCAACGCAUACGCUCUCAACAGCAUCGCUGUGCACAUCCUCUACAUCGUGUUCCAGGAGUAUAAGAAGACCAACAACAAGGAGCUUCGGCACAUAAUGGAGGUGUCUGUAGUGUUGUGGGCUUUCGCGCUGACCAGCUGGAUCAGUGACCGCGUGCUUUGCAGUUUCUGGCAGUGGAUUAACUUCUUUUACCUGCACAGCAUCUGGCAUGUGCUUAUCAGCAUCACCUUUCCUUAUGGCAUGGUUACCAUGGCCUUGGUGGACGCCAGGUAUGAGAUGCCAGGUCACACCCUCAAAGUCCGCUACUGGCCUCGGGACACGUGGCCCGUGGGGCUCCCCUACGUGGAAGUCAGUGAUGACAAGAACUGCUGAUGUCUGCCAGCUUCUUGACCAGCCACCCACCCGCCAAGUCAAGCCCCCUGUGUCUUGAGGAAGGAGGACUGGAUCGGGAGUCCGAGAGACACUCACGGUUCUUUCCUCCAGCUCCCUUUUCCCUUCCUCCUCGUCCUGCGCGGCCCCGCCCCAAGACAGGGGACCUUGCGACCCUUCCGUGCACUAGUCUGAUGACCUGGGGGAGCUGCCCGGCAUAGGUCCACUCCACGACCCGCCCUUAUUCUCUUUCAGUUCCUCUUUUGUGUUCACUUUGUGAGGCUGGGUCCCCACGGGCUGCGAUCACCCGGCAUCCACUGCGAGUGGCCUCAGGCGGGGGCUUGGUCCCCGGGCAUCUCAUAAAUAGCGGUGGUCACUGCUGGACCUGUCCUCGGCCAUGCAAUGAGCUCGCGGUUUGUGACUUCGAGCCCCGCGUCAGGCUCCGUGCUGACAGCUCGGAGCCUGUUUCCGAUUCUGCGUCUCCCUCUCUCUCUGCCCCUCCCCCGCUCGUGCUCUGUCUCUCAAAAAUAAAUAAACAUUUAAAAGAAAUAUAAAGAGCACCAGGCUCGGAGUCGGGCAGAGCUAAGCUUGAAUCCUGCUCCGUGAUUUCCUAGUUGUCUCAUCUGGGGGAAGUGAUUUUUCCUACCUUUGAAACGGAAGCAUCUUGUCUGUAAUAUGAAAAUGUGCUUGGCA